AGAGUGCCUGCUCUUUGGAGAGCAACCUAGAAAGCUUGGCUGGUGUUCUGGAAGCUGAUCUUCCUAACUACAAGAGCAAGAUCUUAAGGCUUCUUUGUACAGUGUAUGUAUGCAAAAGAUUUAUGAAUCCAGUGCACGUCUGUUACCUGAGAAGUUGACAAUUUAUACAACAUUAGUUGGACUGCUGAAUGCCAGGAAUUACAACUUUGGUGGAGAGUUUGUAGAAGCCAUGAUUCGUCAACUUAAAGAAUCUUUGAAAGCAAACAGUUAUAAUGAAGCUGUAUAUUUGGUUCGUUUUUUAUCUGAUCUUGUGAAUUGUCACGUCAUUGCAGCCCCAUCAAUGGUUGCUAUGUUUGAAAAUUUUGUUAGUGUAACUCAGGAAGAAGAUGUACCUCAGGUGCGACGGGAUUGGUACGUGUAUGCAUUUCUGUCAUCUUUGCCCUGGGUUGGGAAGGAGUUGUACGAGAAGAAAGAUGCAGAGAUGGACCGCAUCUUUGCCAACACUGAAAGCUAUCUUAAAAGACGCCAAAAGACUCACGUGCCCAUGUUACAAGUGUGGACUGCUGAGAAGCCACAUCCACAAGAAGAGUAUUUAGAUUGCCUGUGGGCCCAGAUUCAGAAAUUGAAAAAGGAUCACUGGCAGGAGCGGCACAUCCUCAGGCCUUAUCUUGCCUUUGACAGCAUCCUGUGUGAGGCGCUGCAGCACAACUUGCCUCCCUUCACACCACCUCCUCACACGGAGGAUUCCGUGUACCCGAUGCCAAAGGUCAUCUUCCGGAUGUUUGAUUACACAGAUGAUCCAGAGGGUCCUGUAAUGCCGGGGAGUCAUUCAGUAGAAAGAUUUGUAAUAGAAGAGAAUCUUCACUGCAUCAUUAAAUCCCACUGGAAGGAAAGGAACACUUGUGCUGCACAGCUGGUGAGCUACCCAGGGAAGAGCAAGAUCCCCUUGAACUACCACAUAGUUGAGGUGAUCUUUGCAGAGCUGUUUCAGCUUCCAGCACCCCCUCACAUUGAUGUGAUGUACACAACACUUCUCAUUGAACUGUGCAAGCUUCAGCCUGGCUCUCUACCCCAAGUUCUUGCACAGGCAACUGAAAUGCUGUAUAUGCGUUUGGACACGAUGAACACUACAUGCGUAGACAGGUUUAUUAAUUGGUUUUCCCAUCAUCUAAGUAACUUCCAGUUCCGUUGGAGCUGGGAAGAUUGGUCAGAUUGUCUUGCUCAAGAUCAUGAAAGUCCCAAACCAAAGUUUGUAAAAGAAGUUCUAGAAAAAUGUAUGAGGUUGUCUUACCAUCAGUGUAUAUUGGAUAUUGUUCCUCCAACCUUCUCAGCUCUAUGUCCUGCAAACCCAACCUGCAUUUACAAGUAUGGAGAUGAAAGUAGUAAUUCUCUUCCUGGACAUUCGGUUGCCCUCUGUUUAGCUGUUGCCUUUAAAAGUAAAGCAACCAAUGAUGAAAUCUUCAGAAUUCUGAAAGAUGUACCGAAUCCUAACCAGGAUGAUGAUGACGAUGAAGGAUUCAGCUUUAACCCAUUAAAAAUAGAGGUCUUUAUGCAGACUCUGCUACACUUGGCAGCCAAAUCGUUCAGCCACUCCUUUAGUGCUCUUGCAAAAUUUCAUGAAGUUUUCAAAACCCUAGCUGAAAGUGAUGAAGGAAAGUUACAUGUUCUAAGAGUUAUGUUUGAAGUCUGGAGGAACCAUCCACAGAUGAUUGCUGUUCUGGUAGACAAGAUGAUCCGUACACAGAUUGUUAACUGUGCUGCAGUGGCAAAUUGGAUCUUCUCUUCAGAACUAUCUCAUGACUUUACUAGAUUAUUUGUUUGGGAAAUCUUGCACUCCACAAUUCGUAAGAUGAACAAACACGUUCUGAAGAUCCAGAAAGAGCUAGAAGAAGCUAAAGAAAAACUCGCAAGGCAACACAAACGGCGAAGUGAUGACGAUGACAGAAGCAGUGACAGGAAGGACGGGGCUCUGGAGGAGCAAAUAGAAAGACUACAGGAAAAGGUGGAGUCUGCUCAGAGUGAACAGAAGAACCUCUUCCUGGUCAUAUUUCAGCGGUUUAUCAUGAUCUUGACUGAGCACUUAGUACGAUGUGAAACUGAUGGGACCAGUGUAUUAACACCAUGGUACAAGAACUGUAUAGAGCGGCUCCAGCAGAUCUUUUUACAGCAUCACCAAAUAAUCCAGCAGUACAUGGUGACCCUGGAGAACCUGCUCUUCACUGCCGAGUUAGACCCGCAUAUCCUGGCUGUGUUCCAGCAGUUCUGUGCCCUGCAGGCCUAAGUCCUCUCCUUCCCCUCAUGUCAAGAUUUUUAAAAAAGAUCUCAAAAUAAUUUGUUUUAUUUUUGAUGGUUUUAAAUGCUUGCUUUCUUAUAGCAUCCUUUCACUUACUAAAGGAAACGGAGAGGACAGUGAAAACUAUGGCAUUGAUUACCUGUAACUGCCCCUAAAAAGCAAAUAUUCCCUAAGGAUGAUAAUGUGAUGAUGACCAUAGGCUCUAUUAUACACGUGACAGAUACAACUUUUCUCUGACAUUUUUUUCUCCUUAAGGCGUAAAAGAUUAACUGAGGUAUGUGAAACACUAGAGGUCAAGCUGGCAAAGCAGUAUAUAGAACUGGUGGGUUUAUUAUCAAGUAGUAUAGCUUUUCACAGAUGGAGAACCUAACAUGGCUGAAAUAAAACUAAAAAUAUGUUUUUUAAACUUUGGUAUUUCAUGAUUUAUCAUCUCAGUCUACUUUAAAACUGGUGGUUUCUUACUGAAGAUAUACUUAGGUCCAUUUGAAAUUUUCAAAAUUCUUAAGUGUUUUUUAAGAUACUACUUGGCUUUUUUUUUUUUAAGUGUUAGAGUAGCAGUUCCCAAAUUUGUCUGAACAUAAAUCACCUGGGAAUCUUUAAAGUUAUUUUUUUAAUUAAUCCACAAUCUGGGGGUGGGACACAGACAGCAUCAGUGGUUCUUAUGGCUCCCAGGUGAUCCCCGUAUACAGACAAGUUUGGGAACCAUUGUCUUAGAGCCCCUGGUCACUUCCUCUAGGAGUAGCUGGAUUGGCUAAAACUAUACUUAGAAUUAGAUGUAGGUUUGAAUUUUGUUUCUACGGAGCCUGUUUCCUACAUGGUACGGGGCUUAACUAACAUAACGAGGAGUGCAUCUUAAAAUUAUAUACAAGUACAAGGGAUUAUUUGACACGCCGAAUUUCUAGCUUUUUUAGACGUUUUUUCAUUAAACCUUAGGAAAAACCCCACAACUGGUAGUAUUUCUGUGCAUUUCUACAACAUAGAUAUCUUUUUUAACUUAUUUACAUCGUAAGUUUAUGAUGCAUUAAGCAUUAUCCAUAUUAACAUAUGGUCUCUUUGGUUUACCAUAAUUUAGUGACUACAGAAUUAUAGUCUCCUCUAUAGGUGGGAAUUCCUAGGAUUUUUAAAUACCAUACCAUAAGACAAAUAAUUAUUCACAAGAUUAAGGUUGCAUGGCAAAUCCUUAGCAGAAAGGGGACUUAAACCUAGGUUCUUGGUUAAAUAUUCUUUUGUUUAUAUUGUUCUUCCGUGUAUUGCAAAGUCUGAAUAAUGAUAUGUAACUUGAUCCAAAUUCUAGAAUUUCUCGGUUUUCACACCCUUUCUCUGGGAGCCUCUCUUCAUGCACAGUGGUCGCUUCUAAAGAGCGUUCACUGGUGUGACCUUGCUCUGUCCCAGUCUGGCAGCUGGGUUAUGGAAAAACUGAACUGGAGACAGAAUUUUAAAGAAAUCAAAGGACAAGAGCAAACGUUCAGCAGUUGCUUUCCCCACUAAUGAAGCUUACACAGACAAAAGAAUGGCAUGUCACUGUACACCCUACCUUGGAAUAAAUCAACAUUCUGUUAAAUUGUACUGCCAUUUACCAUGCUUGUGUCAAAGUGAACAUAUACUUUUCCUUGAUUCUAAACCUCCCAGGAACUAUUCAGAGGGUGGUUCAUAUGAAGUUUAUUUGCUUUUCCUAGAAAGUAUUUAGUGACCUGUAUCAUUAAUUUAUAAUUGUACCAGAAUAUGAAAGAUGAGGAAAAAACUCAUCAACCUGCGUAGUGUAGAUCAGCUGUCAUUGACAUCUGGAUGCCAGGAUUGUCUUAAAUUGGUGAAGGCAAGGACUGAACAGAAGCAUACCUCAGCUAGACAAAUCUAUACACUGGUCUUGAUGACUGUGUGCUCAUUUAACAAGUGGCUGUUAUGUGCCAAGUUCCACAGAUUCACGCUAUUUAAUCCUCAUAACAUCUGACAAAUGAAAACCCCCAUGGAGUAACUUACCCGAGUCCACAGAUAGUAAGUGGAAUCUGAACCUAAAUCCAUGUGCUCAAGGGCUCCUUAUCUCUCAACGCAGUGAUGCUGUUGUCAG